UUACAUCUUUGACGUAAAGGAAUAACAUCUCCACCUGAAAAAACCCUAAGGGUUUCUUGGGAAAGUGGACAACCAUUGUUCUACGAAGGUUUCAUUCAAAGGCCUUUGUUGAAUUAAACGAUUCGAACAAGAUCCAUUUAUUAACAAGGACUCUGUUUUUGUACAAGUUUCUUUGGGAGUUUGAAUUCAAUUCUGCAGAAUCGCUGCUGUUUCUGGAAGAAAAAAAAGUCUUGUUCAUAUAAAUCUCUGAUAACAAGAAAGAAAGAAAAAAAAAAAGAGAGAGAGAGAUUGAAGUUUCCUUGAGAUUUUGUUCUUUGCAAGGGAAUAGAGAAGAAAUGAAUUGCUUUUCAUGUUUCUAUUUCCAUGAAAAGAAAAAAACUCCGAAAGAUUCAGACAACAACUGCCGGAGAAAUGGUGAGUUGAUGACCGGUAGAGACAUCAAUAAAACACACCCUGAGAAUCCAAAGACUGGAAAUGAGCAGAACAAGAACAAUGAUGAAAACAAAGAAGUGACAAACAACAUCGCUGCUCAAACAUUCACCUUCAGGGAGCUUGCUACUGCGACCAAGAAUUUCAGACAAGAAUGUCUCAUCGGCGAAGGCGGUUUUGGAAGGGUUUACAAGGGAAAAAUCGAGAAAACCGGCAUGGUUGUGGCAGUGAAGCAAUUAGAUAGAAAUGGACUUCAAGGGAACAAAGAGUUCAUCGUAGAGGUCUUGAUGUUAAGUUUGUUGCAUCACAAGCAUCUUGUGAAUCUCAUUGGCUAUUGUGCUGAUGGAGAUCAGAGACUUCUCGUCUACGAGUACAUGCCUCGUGGCUCUCUAGAAGAUCAUCUCCUUGAACUAACACCAGACCAAGUACCGUUGGACUGGGACACGAGGAUUAGAAUCGCUCUAGGAGCUGCCAAGGGUCUUGAAUACCUGCAUGACAAGGCAAAUCCUCCGGUGAUCUACAGAGAUCUCAAGGCAGCUAAUAUCCUUCUAGACAGUGAAUUCAACGCCAAGUUAUCUGAUUUCGGUCUGGCAAAGCUAGGUCCUGUCGGGGACAAACAACAUGUGUCUUCUAGAGUUAUGGGAACUUACGGAUAUUGUGCUCCAGAGUAUCAGAGAACCGGUCAGUUAACUACUAAAUCCGAUGUUUAUAGCUUCGGAGUUGUGUUGUUGGAGUUGAUAACUGGAAGAAGAGUUAUUGAUACUACCAGACCCAAAGCAGAACAGAAUCUAGUGACUUGGGCACAACCGGUGUUCAAAGAACCGAGUAGAUUCCCAGAGUUAGCGGAUCCGAGUCUGGAGGGAGUGUUCCCGGAGAAAGCUCUGAACCAGGCAGUGGCAGUGGCAGCAAUGUGUUUACAAGAAGAGGCAACGGUACGGCCACUCAUGAGCGACGUGGUAACCGCUCUCGGUUUCUUAGGAACCGCUCCUGACGGCUCUCUCUCUGUUCCACACUACGAUGAUAUUCCUCCUCAGCCGUCAGAUGAGACGUCCGCUGAGGAUCCAGCAGCGGCGGAAGAACGGGAAAGAGCCGUGGCUGAGGCUAUGGAGUGGGGAGUUGCUUCAAGAGCACAUUCCCGGAACCCAAGUGCUUCUUGAUUUUCAAUGUUUUACACCUUUUUUUUUGUCUUCUUCUUGAUUUUAAUUUUGGGUUUGGUUGUUUUUCUUCUUAUUUUGUUGGCUUUUCAAUUCCAGUUUCAGAAAAGAUAGUGAUAGAAAUUGUUACCCUUUCUUUCUUCGUUAUAUUCUGUUUUAUUUGAAUCUGUAUAUUCCAUUCCAGCUGAGUUUGCAUACAGAGCUCGAGAAUUC